ACAGACGAAAGCCCAAAUAAACUCGGACGCGCCAAGUAUCUUAAUCUCAUCGGCGACCACUUUUAACGGCGGUUAGAAAAAUGAACUCUCUGUUCACCUCCUUCCGCCGCAUCCUCCCCUUAAACCCUAACUCUCACCACCACUUCCUGCUUCACAAACUCUUAUCAACUCGCCGUUCAACCCCGCCUAUUCCCAUCCAACGGUUACAACAACCGCCCGCCCCACCCGAUCCAACCACACGCCAUCAACUCACCGUUCCUGAUUUCUCACAGACCGAUCUCGCCACCAUAUCGAAUCUCCUCGAAAACCACAACGCAAUCCCCGGUUCGAGCCUCGAGUCAGCUCUGAACGAAACCGGAAUCGAACCGAGCUAUCAGCUGGUUCAGGCUCUGUUCGAUCGGUUAAGCUCCUCGCCGAUGCUGCUCCACUCGGUUUUCAAAUGGGCCGAUACGAAGCCCGGGUUCACACUGUCUCCGUCGCUAUUCAAUUCCGUUAUCAACGCCAUGUGCAAGGCUCGUGACUUCGAGAGUGCGUGGUCGUUGAUCUUCGAUCGCGUGAGAAGCGAUGAAGGAUCAGGAUUAGUCACUGCAGAUACGUUCACCGUUUUGAUCAGACGGUACGCUCGUGCCGGAAUGGUGGAACAAGCUAUACAGGCUUUUGAAUACGCUACGAGUUACGAUCUACUCGAGGUUUUGUUAGACGCUCUUUGUAAAGAAGGACACGUCACCGAAGCUUCGAUGUACGUGGAGAGAAGGCGAAGAAGGAUGAUGGAUUCGAAUUGGAUCCCCUCUGUUCGGAUCUUCAACAUUCUAUUAAACGGAUGGUUCCGCGCGAGAAAGCUAAAGCAGGCGGAGAAUCUAUGGCGGGAGAUGAGAGAGAUGAACGUGAAGCCGAGCGUCGUCACUUACGGUACUCUCAUCGAAGGAUACUGCAGGAUGCGUCGCGUCGAGAUCGCGAUGGAGGUUCUCGAAGAGAUGAAGGCGGCGGAGAUGGAGCUUAGUUAUAUGGUUUUUAAUCCGAUAAUCGACGGUUUAGGAGAAGCUGGGAGGUUACGAGAAGCUUUGGGGAUGAUGGAGAGGUUCUUCGUCUGCGCGUCGGGUCGUCCUACUAUAGUGACCUAUAACUCACUGGUUAAGAACUUCUGCAAGGCGGGAGAUUUGGCUGGAGCUAGCAAGAUACUCAAGAUGAUGAUGAGCAGAGGCGUUGAUCCUACUCCGACUACGUAUAACCAUUUCUUUAAAUAUUUCUCGAAGCAUAACAAGACUGAAGAAGGGAUGAACUUGUAUUUCAAGCUGAUUGAAGCUGGACAUAGUCCGGAUCGGUUUACGUACCAUUUGAUCUUGAAAAUGCUCUGCGAGGAUGGGAAGCUGAGCUUGGCGAUGCAAGUGGACAAGGAGAUGAAGAACAGAGGGAUCGAUCCGGACUUGUUGACAACCACGAUGUUGAUUCAUUUGCUCUGCAGGCUGGACAUGUUUGAGGAAGCGUUCGAGGGGUUUGAGGAGGCAGUGAGGAGAGGGAUUAUUCCGCAGUACAUCACGUUCAAGAUGAUCGAUAACGGUUUGAGAUCGAAAGGGAUGACCGAGAUGGCGAAGAGGUUGGCCGGUUUAAUGUCGUCUCUACCUCAUUCGGAGAAACUACCGAAUACGUACAGAGAAGUGGUGCUGGAUGCGCCACCACAGCCUGGUGGAGAUAGAAGGAAGUCUAUAUUGCAUAGAGCAGAGGCAAUGUCUGAUGUGUUGAAGGGUUGUAGAAACCCAAGAAAGCUCGUGAAGAUGCGUGGGUCUCCCAGAAAGACUGAGAAGUUGGUAUAUGAUGGAGAUGCAGUGAGAGUACCACACGAGUCUUCAAGUCCUUUGCCGUAAACAGAUGUGAGGAAUGAGCUUAUAACGGGCUUGGGAUGGGCCAUUUUUGACUUUGGGUUCCACUUCUAGGAUAGAACUUUGAGACUACCUUUUCAUCUAUUGUAACCCAAACCAACGAACCAUCUUGAGUUAUAACGAUACACACA